AAAAAAUUAAUUUAAAGUGAUAAAUAUUUAAUAAUAAAUAUGAAAUUUUAAAUAAAAAUUUUAUUUAUAUAAUUAAAUUUUUUAAUAAUUCGAAAUCAUAAUUAUCUUUUUCAAUUUCUUAAAAAACAACAUGAUGUCUCGUAGAAACAAAAUGAAGUCUGUAGAAAGCUUAGUUUGCUUAGUUAGAGCAGUUGAAAAUCAGUAUACAACUAUUGAUUUACAAAAUGAAACAUGUGUUCACGGUUUUGUUAAAAAUGUUGAUUAUAAUAUGAAUAUAACCAUGUCUGAUGUUACCUUAACUGAUCCUAACAAUAAGAGGUAUUAUUGUGAUAACUUUUACUUAAAAUCAAGACUAAUACGUUAUGUCCAUUUACCUCCAAAUAUAGAUAUAUUUUCCACUAUGAAAGAUGUUAUAAAAAAAACUUUUCCACCAAGAAUCAAAACAAAAAGUUACUCAUUCAAAAAUAAAAAGUUGGUAGCAAGACAAGAAAAACUCAAAAGAGAAGUGCAAAGUAAAAAAAAGUUAAUAAGUCAGUUACAAUAAUAUAAUUUUAUAUUGUAAAUCUAAAAAUAUUUAUAAAUGAAAAUUAAAUAUAUGUUUAUUAUUAAAUAUGAAGAAAAGUUAACUUUACACAAUAUAAGUUUAUUAAAUACAUGACUUCUUCUUUAAAAACUAAAAAUAUGAAUUGUAAUACCUAUUGAACACAAUAAAACCUAGGUUUUCACACAAA